AUGGAUAUGAUACCAUGUGAGCAUGCAUUGGCAAUUGUGACUAAAUACGACAUGGAUGAAUACCAAUAUUGCUCGGGAUACUGUACCAAGGAUUACAUGUUAAAGACCUAUGAGGUUCCGGUUUAUCCAAUUCCUGAUGAAAGUCAAUGGGAAAUUUCUGGAGAUGUCUUAGGGGAUGCCGUUAAACCACAAAAAGUAAGAGUUAAACCUGGAAGGCCAAAGAAGAUUAGACUGAAAGGUGCCGGUGAAUUUCAGGGAAAAAGAUGUAAAAUUACAUGUAGUUUGUGUGGGCAGCAAGGUCACAAUAAGAAAUCCUGCAGGAAUCCUCCAAAGAAUGUUUAG